AACCCCGGUCUCCCGCAGGACUCUGCCCCGUGCGGUGACAGUCCGGCUGGAUGCGCGUGGGAGCGAGUCCGCCGUGAUGUCGCGGGCCGAGGCGCUGCUGCGGCCGCUGCUGCUGCUCCUCCUGGUGCCGGGACUCGGAGCCUGGAGCCGGGCUCAGCUCCCUGCUCCGCCCACGGUGAACAUCAGCCUGGACGAGGACCCGGAGGUGCGCUGGAAGCCUCUGCUGCAGGUUUUCGAUGUUAGUUACCUGAAAGCAGCCGCCGCGGAGGUCAUCGAUUCCACCAUUCCCAAAUGGGUGCACCAUGCGCUCACGCCAGUGGUGGAGGCUCUGGAGGACUACAUCCCUCAGCCUUACGCGGGGGAGAUCCAAGGCCUGGCCUCACACUUCGGAGGAGAGCUGUCUGAUAUCAUCAUGCUCAACUUCGCCUACGAAGUGACCGCGUUUUGCACGAGCAUCGUAGCUCAGGACAAAAACGGCCACUUGUUCCACGGCAGGAAUCUGGAUUAUCCACAUUCUGUACUGAGGAAUCUGACCAUCAACAUAUCCUUCCUCAAGAAAGGAGAGGUGGCGUACACUGGGACGUCGUUUGCGGGCUACGUGGGCUUGUGGACCGGGCAGAGUCCCAACAAGUUUACGGUCUCUGGUGACCAGCGAGGCUCCGAGCACCUGUGGAACUGGUGGAAGAACAUCGUGUCUGCCAUCCUGUACCGGAGAUCCCCCGUCAGCUGGCUGGUGAGGGAGACGCUGGAGGAGGCGGAGGACUUUCAGGACGCAGUGAUGCGUCUAUCGAAAAUCCCCAUCAUCACAGGGGUGUAUUACAUCGUGGGCGGCGUGCGGCCGGGAGAGGGAGUCGUCAUCACCAGAGAUCGAAAAGGCCCCGCUGACAUCUGGCCACUGGAGCCCGUUGAUGGAGGGUGGUACAGAGUGGAGACAAACUUCGAUCACUGGCUUCCGCCUCCAGCCAGGGACCAUCGGAGAGAAGCAGCCAACAAAGCGCUGAAUGCUACCGGGCAGGAGCACAUCAACGCGGACACGCUGUUCCAGGUCCUGUCACUGUAUCCAGUGUGCAAUGGAAUUACAGUUUACACCACCAUAAUGAGCGCAGCCACUCCGGAGAAAUACAGCACAGUCAUCCGACCACAGGGUUGCUCAAAGACAGACUGAGCUCACAGAUUUCCUGAGCUCCACAGUGUCGCUUCAUGCAGAAUCGUUUUAGAGACGCAGCUUUUAAUGAACGUCCGGUCAGGUGGCCUCGUUAAAAUCAGUUAAUAAAGGUGUUUCUGGUGGAUUGAGGAGAAAAGAGCAGUUUGGUCACUUCAUCACUGGAUCAUCUGGCUGGUUUCUCACAUCAGUAAAGCUUCCUCACUUCGGACCUGCUGACUGCCUCUAACACGCCCAGUCCUACCUUCUGAAACACUACUUUGACUAAUUCCAACUAUUCCUGUGAUUGUACUUCCUUGAAAAUGCUUCAGUGGAAUUUUAAGAUCUGAAGUGAUGUUCAGGGGUGAAGUGAUGACCUGCUAAUUUUGCUUUUAAUUUUGUAAUUUUUUUAAUUCUAUCUUGGACAGAAUUAUUGUACCACUCAAUAAAUUUUUCUGAAACAAA